AUGUGUGAUUACCGUAGGAAGGAAUCACGCCUUUAUCGUGGUUAUGAAGAGUACGAGGGGAGUUUUGGUUCUCUUCAAGUCUCUGCAUCCUCAGCAAUUGGAUUUCAAACACGUGUACCUUCAAGCCACCGUGAUUAUAUAAAUUCGCCAAAUGUCAAGAUCUUUUCAAAGUGGCGUAAGGGUCGAGCGCGAGAAUUUCAUGAAAGAGCAAAAUAUUUGGCUAAUCGUAAGGCGAAUAAGAUAUCUCACUCCUUAAACGAUUUUGUUGAUGACGCUGAUCACUUGCAAGAAAGAGAGAAGAUGCCAGGAAGUCCCACUAACGGCCUUCAACGACAAGUUUGGCUACCAAAACGUAACUUUGCUUUUCGACAACGAGCUGGAAAAUUGGACAUUCGCGCAAUCGCACGACUCGAUUUGGAGAAAAUUACAGCCACUACAGAUAUUGAAAUCAUUCAAAGACAUUUGGAGAAUCUAGCAUUUGCAGAUGUAACGUUGGAUGACGUCCAACACUACUCAGAUGCCUACUUUUUGAAAUUAUUCCAGAUUGCUCAGCUCACGUUAGAAUAUCUAAUGCACGUUCAAGACUCGCUUGUCAGUCAUUCAAAAGGACUUGAAAAACAGUGUGAAGAACUCAUGAACGAAUGUCAACAGCUUGAAAACAAUAACGGGCAGCACGAAACCGAAAUUGCUACCUUAAAACGUGAGAUUCGACAAAAACAGCGAACAAUGGCUACGCUGGAGUUAAUGCUACUUAAUGCAUCAAAUUCAAAUCGUCGUAACAUACCAGACAAGGAAAAUGCGGCACAGGUUGCUAAUGCACUUAAUGAUGAUCUCAUGGUUAAUCAAGGUGGUUCAAAUUUAGCUGAAGGAGGAUCGAUCGCAUGCGCGGUAUCCUGUGUGCUGUGUGAAAAGCGGUUUAUCUCGGCGGAGUACUUACUACGCCAUCAGCAGAAACGGCAUCAAACCACGAAAAGGAAUAAUCAAAAAAAGAAAAGCUUGUUUGGUUCUCGUAGUAGUUGUGACUCUCAAGAAGCGAAAAGAGAGAGAGAAAAUAGACCAACUCCGUUACCAAAGGAGGUGAUUGAUGCCUUAAAGGAGAACAAUCAAUUAUCAAAGCAGCUCGUAAAUUUACAGGAUCAACUUUGCGCUGAGCAAGAUGCUAGAACUCGACAAAGCCAACAACAUGAGAGCCAGCAACAGCAAAUUAACUCACGAGUCGAAACUUAUAUGGAAAAAAUGCAAGCUUUGCUACUCGAGAUGGAAAAGAAGCAAGAAGCCACAAAGCUAGAUUUACGGCUGUACAUGCAGGAGGCCACGAAUCGUCUUCAAAUGGAAACUAUGAAGGCAAAUAGUGAUUUGCAAGGGCAAAGAAUCUCAUGCGCAGGACGACUUGAAGAUGAUGAAAGAGAAGACACUGCUAAAGAAAAGGAAGCGAAAUGGUCAGAUAAGGUGGAAAAGAUGAUGGAUACAUUCUUGCAAGUUCAAGCGUUGAAGCAACAUGAAGUCGACAUUCUCAAACAAGAAAGCAGUAAAUUGUGGUCCAAGUACAACAAACUCAAGAAGAGGCAGUAUCGUCCAGAACCGAGGUUGACCGAAUUAACUGCUUUAGAUGCUAUGCGAUUCGGACUUGAUCGCGGCGAAGUGGGGGAGACAGUAGAGACUCAAACUUUGAAUGUGGACAAGGCUGUAGCGCAUCUUGAAGAUAAAGUUGUACAAACCGACGAAAAACCUGACGAGAAACCAUUCAAGCAAAGUCAAAACGAUGAGUUGCUUCCCCAAGAGUCAAAAACAGAAGUCACAAUGCAUAAACUCGAUGCGAUUGUUGUGUCACCCGACAAAUCUGAAGAAAUUGUGGAAUUCCCAUCACAGUUUUCGAGUGUAGAAGAGACCACUGUCGUUGCAUUUGAAGCAGAGGCAUCUGAGCAGGUAUAUUCGCCACUAGAUUUUCAGCAAGCGGCGCAUAUUAUUGGCAAAGUGGCGCUAGGGUUUUUAGCCCGACGAGCAAUUUCGAAGUCAUCAAAUUGGUGUAUCACAAUAGAAGUUGCGUCAUUAGCAGCAGUUCUUACAGUUGAUGAAUUUGAAUAUGUUCGCGAGCACUUUGUCAACCGAUUGCAUGUACAAGUAGAAGUUUCAAUGUCAGCAAAUGACUUGCGCGUGACGAUUGCAAGACUUUUGUCUGGAAAUGACGAGUUCGUAACUGGGAAUGAGACACCCGGCAGGACUAAAUCAGUUGAUAUUACUGCUACUAUGACCUACCAUCGAGUGCUACUUCAUCAUAAAUAUACUGGCGCCGAAUUGUCUGGCAGUACACUUAUUCACGAGCUCAAAAAUGUAGUUGAAGUUGAGAUUAUUCCGUAUGAUGCGACAGCAGUCAUGCAAAUACAAGAAAUGAUCGAAAUGCAUGCAGCUGUUUCAGAUCGUUUCGAGAAAAUCAAGAGCGCUUCCAUCAAUAUGGCAACUAGUAGCUUGCUAGCAUCAGAAAGCGGUGAUUUCGAGCACAAACUGAGCGAUAAAUUUCCAAAUUUAGUGCGACUGCAAGCUCUCGCACGUGGAUUUCUUGCUAGAAAAUAUGUUGAAUUGAUGAAGAUUACCCGACUGAUGAAUUCAAGAUUGAUCCGGAUGAGUUCGCCGCAAAAAACAGCCUUAUUCAGCGAUAAGUCAAUGAAACCUUCUUGGAUGAAAGUCGAUCCGAUACUUGCUAUUCAAUACACGAAAGUACAAAAGAGGAUGCAAGCGAAGUUACGUGCUGCAUUAAACAGAGUUAGCGAAAGUGAUGAGAAAGAAAAUGAUUUACAAAACAUACCACUAGCUGAGUUCGAAAAAGUCAGCGCAGAAUUGCGAUUAAAGCAAAACGUUCUUUCAGACAACGUCCAGUGUCGAAUUCGACUAAUCACGGAGCGGUUGACACCAAUGGCAAGACGUGAGUAUCGUCAAUUGAAGUUUAAUCAUACAGAAAGCAUCAGACUCGGAAUUGCGGGGAAUGCUAAAAUCCAAAGAGCGGUACAGAUUGAGAUUGUAAGGAACCGACUGAAGCAGCUUCUUGCUGACGAUACUGCAUUUGAUUCAACGUGGUCUCAAAUAAAAAAAAGCGACGGUAUAGAUAAUUCGUCUGUAGUAAAUUUGGCGCUGUCUUCAUCGCGUUCGACAGAUCACGAGACUGGCAAGUCUGUAAGCAGCUUUGACUCAAAAGAAAUUGAUCAGCUGGCGAGCGCGUACGAAGCGAAUGAGUCACCGGUAAGGUCUGAAGGCAUUGGGCAUGAACUGUUGGCUGAAGAAAAGUAG